AUGCCCGAAAUAGCUGAAAUCGCCCGGGCAGUCCACUUCAUCCGCAAGAACCUUGUCGGCAAGACCAUAGCAGCAUGCACAGCACUUGACGACAAAAAUGUAUUCGACAGCAAAUACGACACGACUGGAGAACAGUUCCAAAAGCACAUGAUCGGCAACACAGUCAAAGAUGCCGGGCAGCAAGGGAAGUACUUCUGGCUGGUGAUGGCGAAAGCACCUCACCCGGUCUUGCACUUUGGCAUGAACGGAUGGCUGAAGUUCAAGAACGAGCACUCAUACUACUACCGAGCCAAGCCUGGUGAAGAAGUCGAGGAAUGGCCACCGAAGUACUGGAAGUUUCAUCUGGAGACGAAAGCUGGCAAGGGCGAGGAGAAGAUUGAGGCGGCCUUUGUUGAUUCGAGACGGUUUGCGCGCAUCAAGCUGGUCGAUUGUCCUGGCGACAAGAUCAGAGAGCACUCUCCGCUGAAAGAGAACGGGCCAGAUCCUGUUGUUGAUGCCGAUAAGGUUACCGUAGAAUGGCUGAAGGAGAAGUGCGCCAGCAAGAAGGUGCCCAUCAAAGCCAUGCUGCUUGACCAGGCAAACAUCAGCGGGAUUGGUAAUUGGGUUGGGGACGAGAUCAUGUAUAAUGCCAAAAUGCAUCCAGAGCAAUAUGCAAACACGCUCAACGACGAUCAGAUUGUACAGCUUCACAAGAGCAUCCACUACAUCUGCAAAACAGCUUGUGAUCUCCUAGCAGAGUCGGAAAAGUUUCCCGAGGACUGGCUGUUCAAACAUCGCUGGGGCAAGGGAAAGAAAGAUGCUUCGAAGACGCUGCCGAACGGAGAGAAGAUCAUGUUCCUGACUGUUGGUGGCCGGACGUCUGCAGUCAUUCCCAGCGUUCAGAAGAAGACCGGACCCGUGGCGAAAGAGAUGAGUGAAGCUGAAGCUGCUGAUGAGGAGAAAGGACCGAAGCUCAAGGCAAAGACACCAGCUAAGGAGAAGACGCCGAAGGGUAAAGCAGCGAAGGACGAUGCGGUCAAUGGCGAGGGUACACCGACUGUCAAUGGGAAGAAGCGGAAGGUCAAGCAGGAGGAAGAGGAGCCAGAUGAAGCAGAUGUACCAAAAGCAAAGAAGAAGGCAACCAACGGCUCUAAAAAAGAUGUCACGGAGAGCGUAAAAGAAGAGGACUCAGGGGGAAGGCGAAGGUCUGGUCGGCUUCAAAAAGCGUAG